AUGGAGGAGAUAGCAUCGGAGUUGAAGCAGAGAAAUGUGAGAGAAGCGUGGAAGGAGCUGGACGACCACUUUGACUCGACCCGGAGACGGCUCCGGACCCGGUUCCAGGAGCUCCAGGCCCGCGAGGAGGAAAUCGGAGUCCGUGAGAAGCUGUUGGAGGUGAAAGAGCUGAGAUUAGAAGCUCAGGCCAAGGGAUUGAAUGAAGUUGAGAAGCGGGCCGAAGAAGGUAAGAGUCAGUUGGAGUCUCUUAGGGUUUUGAUUGAAAAACAUGAAGCAGAGCUUGGUGUUAAAUUAAAGAGGCUCUCGGAGGUUGGGGAAUUAGUUAGGGAAAAGGAGAGGGAGUAUGAUUUGAUUCAGAAUCGUGUGAAAGAGAGGGGUAAGAGACUGAACAAGUAUAAUCGUGCGAUUGAGUUGAAAAAGGGGCAACUUGGUUCGAUUCUGAAAUCGAUGAUGGAAUGCCAGAGCAGAAUCGAUUCGAGGGAGAAGAUAAUGAGGGAAAUGGAGUUGAAAGGGAGGGACUUUUGUUUGCUGAAGAAAUCGAUGGAGGAUUGGUUAUGUAAAGUUGAAUUGAGAAACAGGGAGCUUGAUGGAUGGGUUGAGGUUCUUGAGGUGAAGGAGAAGGAUGUUGAGUCCAAAGUUGAGGAACUCCAUUUGAUUGUUGAGAGGGUCAGUGAAUGCCUUGAUGAGGUUCAGGUGAAAGAAGAGCAUUUUGUUUCGUUAGAAAAACCGAUACAGGAGCAGGAAAUGCAUUUGUGUUCACUCCAAAAGUUGGUGCAACAGCGUGACAAGGAGUUGGAUUCACUGUCCCAUGAACUUCAAAGGAAAGAGAGGCAUCUUGAAGAGGUUGAAUUGAAGAUGGCGAAAUUAGGACAUGCGAUUCCUUCAUACGUAAGUGAUGAUCAUUCCAGCAUUCAUUGGGAUGGUAGAGGCUUGCAAAUGUUCAUGAAUGAGCAGUUGAAGAGAAUAUAUUCAAUGGGUAGUGAAAUGUCAGCAAUUCUUAAAGCCUCAUCUGACCCAGCAAAAUUGGUUUUGGAUGCAAUGCAAGGAUUUUACCCUUCAAGUUCAACUCUGGACAACAAGGAGACUCAUUUUGAUUUGACAGUUAUUAGAAGGAGUUGUAUUCUUUUGUUAGAGGAUUUGAAGAGAAUGUCACCACAAAUUAAUGUUCGGGUGAGAAACGAAGCAAUGAAGUUGGCGGCUGACUGGAAGGCUAAGAUAGUAUCUAGUGAGAAUACACAGGAGAUUUUGGGGUUUCUGCGGCUUGUUAAUACGUAUGGAUUGAGUUCGAUGUAUGAUGCGAAAGAUCUUCAAAGCCUUCUUGCUGUUGUUCAUAAGCCCGAACAAGCAUCUCAAUCAAGUAGGGCCCUUGGUAUCAAAGAUAAAGCACCUGGUGAGGCCUUUUUAUGA